AUGGCGGUCCGUAGCCCCCGGGCCCUGCUCGCCCUCGGCCUGGCCCUGGCCCUCGCCGCCGCUACCGCCGCCCCCGACCUCUUCUCGCCGCAGCUCGGAGACACCGCCGGGUGCCGCGGGCAGUGCGGCCGCAGCCUGCCGCGCCAGGCCGCUGAUGCUGUUCUCAACGCCUGUUACCGCGGCUGCCGGCUGCUCUCCAUCUGUCACUUCGUGGAUGUGAGCGCAGAGCUGAACACAACCAGAGCCGAGUGCGAGGCAGCAUGCACUGAAGCCUACAGCAAGGCAGAGGAGCAGCUUGGCUGCGUGACUGGGUGCAGCAAGCAGCUGCCCGAGGUGGAGAGCAGGAAGGAGAAGAGCCUGGAGCUGCAGGAGACGUCGUUCUCCAUGUUCGAUUUGGUUUCCACCUUCUGCAACGACAUUGUCAGCUCUGCCCAGAGCUUCAUCUCCUCCACUUGGACCUUCUACCUGCAGGCAGAUGAUGGCAAAGUUGUGGUGUUUCAGUCCCGGCCCCAGAUGGAGUAUCCAGUGCCUGAGGCUCCAGAGGCCCAGCCAGUAGGGGCAGCACCGGGGGCCAGUCCCCGCGUUCCCCAGCCCCACACAGGCCCCCGCGGGAAGGGGGAGAAACCCCCCAGGAAGGAGCCACGGGGCAAAGCCAAGGCACAGCACCCGGACGCCCCCCCGCCAGAGCAUGACUUCCUGGGCUGCAUGGCCAAGCGCUCAGGCCUUCCCCGCUGGAUCCUGGCUGCCUGCCUCUUCCUCUCCAUCGUGGUGAUGCUGUGGCUGAGCUGUGCCAGCCUGGUGACUGCCCCCGAGCAGCAUGUCAAGACCCAGCCUCUGAGCAUCAACGGGGACAAGGAGUACCUGGAGGACCUGGACAGCCCCAGCCCCUUCCCCCUGCCACCUGUCAUUGCUGUCACCCUGUGCCCCGUGCACGGCAGCGAGGAUGCAGGACCACUGCCCCUCAAAGUCGACCUGGACAAGACCAUCCUGUAG